ACAAAACCGGGUCCGCCAUUGUUGCGUAUUGGCUACUUUUAUGGCCGUGCCUCGAACAUUUUUGCAGACAAUAUUUGUGAGCGAACAAGUCGCCUUGAAAUUUCAGGUGUGUUUGAAAGAGGAAUUUGCACUGCUUAUGAAAUGGCGUCUAAUUAUUCACAGUGUGUUUAUUGUUGGUGAUGUGGUUGUGUGUUUUUUAAACAUCGAUUUGGUUCAUAUAAAUGGCUUACAACUUCCAGAUUUUUAUUUUGUCCACAUAUUUCAAUGAGAUUCAGCUGAAUCUUGAGGACAUGGCCAUUUUAUGUAGAUAAAUCCUAUACAAUUUAGGAUAAGAUAUUAUGUAACCUGACUUAUGAUGGGGCUCUAAAGUGUGUAUUUACAAAUUGAAGACAUUAUUUUCAAGAUGUCUGGAGGGCCUCCACAUCAUCCACAUAACCGGCAGGUUCCGGCUGCUAACCUCGCUAAUGCUGCUUGGAAUCAUUUACAGGUACCGUUUUUUCCAAGACAACCACAGUUGGCACACAUGUCAAACGAACAUUCCAUACUACACCAACCAACGUGGCAUACUCCUACUACGACAGAAGCCAUGAAAAUACAUCCUCACUCGCAUGUGUUGAGUGAAAUGUUCAAAAAUGACACGUCUUUUCCGAGAGACUGCGUUGAUUUGAGCCUAACUAGGAACGGUAACCAAAACGGCGAAGUUGCUCCCAUUCCUAUCAGUUUGAGUGUUAGAGACACCAAUAAAAUAAAUAGUUUACCCCCUAGCGCACUAGAGAUUCAGGCAGUAGAACUUAUAAAGAGUACGAGCCCCAAUACAAAACCCGCUAGCCCGGGUUUAGUUUCUGCAAGUCCUAAUCUGAGAACUGCUACUACACUCGGCAUGAAAUCCUCCAGUCCAGCUCCGAAAUCAGCAAGUCCUGGUUUGAUGUCUGCAAGUCCUGGGUUGAAAUCUGCAAGUCCUGGCUUGAAAUCUUCAAGUCCUGGACUUAUGUCUGCGAGUACUGGAUUAAAAUCUGCAAGUCCGGUUCCGAAAUCUGCUAGUCCAGGUCUGAUUUCUGCAACUUCAAGUUUGAUCUCAACCACAACUUCAGGUCUGACUUCUGCCCCUUCGGGUAUGGUUCCUAGUAUUACAGGUAUGUUGCCUCUCAGUUCGAAUUUGAUUUCAACCAGUCGGAGUAUGUUGCCCGCUAGUCAAGGCCUAGCGUUAGUGAGUCCAGCUCUGAAAGCUAGCGGUCCUGUCCCGAAAUCCAUCAGUCCUGGACUGAAACCAGCCAGUCCUGGGUUAAAACCCGUAGUGAAUCAGAAUUUACCAUAUUCGACGACAGUGGAAGUCAUUAAAACUCAGAAGAGAUCAAACAUAAGGGUGGAUUCUAUCUUGGAAAGGUUGAAUCCUUGCUUGGAGAAAAAUGUCCAUGUUUUAGAACACAAACAAGAAGAAAGUAUCAGUAAGGUGCCUGUCGAGAAACCUGAGGAGAAAGUGGAGAUUACCGAAAAGCCUGUUAGUGUAAUAGUCCAGCCGACAAGUAGUUUUGAUGACAAUAGUAAUUCGAGCAGUAUUCUCAACGUUCCAACGUCUACUAAUAUUAGAGAUGAAGACACAGUUUCUUCCUACAGUAAUGAAGAUAGCUUAGACAGUAAUAAGUCAAGGCGGAAGCGAAAACCUAAUAAAACUAUUAGGGUUUCGAAAGAUGAGGAGAAACUUGACGAUACGGGUACGCCAGUAGAAUCAAUUGAAACAAUUUCCAAAGAAUUAAAACAGGUCGAACCAGAAAAAGAUCCUAUCAGUAUUGUGGGGGAAAUGUUGGAAGAGGGUAAGAGUCCGGAGAAAGCCGAAUCCUCACACGAAUUAGAGGAGUUGAUUCCAGCUACAACGAGGCGAAAAGCCUCAUCCGAAUCUGAGACGAUAGACAAUAUCGCAGCUAUGGUUCAGGAAGGUUUGAAAGAAAAGAAGCAGCAGAAACAGCAGAUCGUGGAAAAACCUGAAGAACAUGAGAAACUCGAAACGCAGGCGAAGCCUAUUUCUGUGAGCGUGAUCAAAACGAAGGAACAUCUCGCUGAUGUUUUGGCCGACACUGCGAGUACUAUCACUACUACAGCCAUCGUCACGCCUGCUCAGAAGAAGGCCACGAACACUCACUUCGUUGAAGUAGAAAAUAAACUCGAAGAAAUGUUUGCCGGAAUCGAAGAUUUUAGCGAUCCUAUUAAAACUGACCCGCUGGACUUGGACGAUUCGAAGUUGGAUGAUCCUCUCCUGAAGCUCGACGACUCGAUACCAUCGACGAGUCAGAAGAGCGAGACGGCGGUGACUUCGACAACAGAAGCGAAAAAAAAGUCUCCUUUGCCGAAGAAAACCAAACGCAAGGCAACAACGACACCAAGGUGGAGUUCCGAUGCCGCUUCUUUCGAAUCCGCGCCGAAGAAGAAGAAAUUAGGAAAGAAAGUGAAGGCCAAGAGUAAGGCGAGCUCCAAGAAGCCAGUCAAACAGCAGAAACAAGGAAAUACCAAACCUGAACCGGCAAAGGACGUGUACGCUUACGAUUCGGGAAGCAACACCAGCUCGACCAAAUCGAAGGGUCCGUUCAUCCAGAUUAGGGGUAACAGAGAUUCCCCACUUUCGGUGAACGUGGUGAAUACAAUAAAUGAAGAGGACGGAGAGAGGAGGUUACCGAAGGCAAAGAAAUUCCAUGACGACGUGGAGUACCGGCACAAAGUUCGCUCGAAAGGUUUGCAUUGCAGCACUUUGAGUAACAAGUACGAUGCGCAGACGAAAGAUGUUAGCUGGAUAUGCGCCUUUUGCAAAAGAGGGCCCCAUGCGAGCGAACUCUCUGGUCCAACGUCGAACAGAGAUGUCAUUCCACCAGGAGAUUUAUUCGGUCCUUACUUCAUUACUACUCAGUGUCCGGAGUUCGAAAGGCGGCUUGACGAUCCUUACGACAAACAGUUCAAGAGCAAGAAAAUCAGCAGGGCUCUGGAAGAGUCCGCGGCCAAAGGUUUUGGAAAGAAAUCGAAACGGAAACAUUCCGAUAUCGACGGUCUGUCAGAAAGUGAGUCAGAUAUUUACUUGGGUAUCACAGAGACUGGUAAUAAAAAUUAUGAAGUUUGGGCGCAUGAGGAUUGCAUCGUGUGGUCUCCGGGAAUUUAUCUGAUCGGGCCGAAAAUCGCCGGCCUCGAGGAAGCCGUUUGGACUUCUUGUAACGUGGCAUGUAGGUCGUGUAACUUGAAAGGGGCUAAUAUUUCAUGUUUGAGGAGGGGAUGUUUGAACGUGAUGCAUCUUUGUUGUGCUAGAUCUAACGAUUGGGAGUUUGUGGAGAGUGAAUUCAAGGCAUACUGUCCCGAGCACAGGGUUCCAUGACAGGAGCUAAACGUCAACUCAAAUUAAGUUUUGAGGUUAAUUGUGAUGAUUUUAAUUAUAUUAAUUUGUACGGACUUUCUCACAUUUUUAAACAUUUACUGUGUUAGAAGUGAAAAUUAAAUUCUAUGAGAUGAUUUUUUGCCACUCUGAUACUGCUUUAUAUUUAUUUAACUUUUUAUAGAUGUCUAUUUACAUAUUUAUUAUAUUUCCAAAUGAUUUGUUA